UCACGCGUCCUCCGUCGGCCAUGGCGGCAUAUAAGCGGACCAAAGACAAGAAAAGGCGGAGACUUCUCUCGCCCGAUUCCCCUUGCUUCUCCCCUCUUUCUUCUCCCCCUGAUCUGGAGCAGACGCCACCUCUUCCUGAUCCCCUCUAGGAGCGCUCCGCCCCCGAAUCUGCCGGAACCCAGCCGACGCCGGCCAUGAGCUCCUCCGAGUACGACUACCUCUUCAAGCUGCUCCUCAUCGGCGACUCCUCCGUCGGCAAGUCCUGCCUCCUCCUCCGCUUCGCCGACGAUGCGUACGUCGACACCUACAUCAGUACCAUCGGCGUUGAUUUCAAAAUCCGGACCGUCGAGCUCGAUGGCAAGUCGGUGAAGCUGCAGAUUUGGGACACAGCAGGCCAGGAAAGGUUCAGGACAAUAACAAGCAGUUACUACCGGGGAGCGCAUGGAAUCAUUAUCGUAUAUGACGUGACAGAUAGGGAAAGCUUCAACAAUGUCAAGCAGUGGUUGAGUGAGAUCGAUAGGUAUGCCAGUGACAGUGUGUGCAAGCUUCUAGUUGGGAACAAAUGUGAUUUGGUUGAUAGUAAGGUCGUCGAUACAGAGGAGGCCAAGGCUUUUGCAGAAUCGCUGGGAAUGAAUUUUCUUGAGACAAGUGCAAAGGAAUCCAUCAAUGUGGAGACAGCUUUCUUAACCAUGUCAUCAGAAAUCAAGAACAAGAUGGCGAGCCAACCUGCGGCGGAGAGGAAAUCGACGGUCCAUGUUCACAUGAAAGGGCAGCCCAUACAGCAGCAGAACAGCAGCUGCUGCUCCUCAUAAGCUCAGCAAGUCGAGCAGUGAAUUGGAUAUACUGAAUACAGAAUUUGUAUACAACAGAGCGUGUGUUAAUACUUACUGUUUAAUAUACUUGUCACAGUUUGAGCUUGUUCUGCAAUCUCAUUAGCCAUUACUUCGUCAGUGUUUUAGGCGCAUUUGAUGGAUCUUAGGUUACAAAAAUUGCAUGAAAAUAUGGUUAAUCCAAGUUUGUCAGUCAUCCUGUCAUCUUUCAGGAAAGGACCAUAUAUUGUUGCUGAUUAUCUGGAGUUUGUCUUUAGUCAUUACUUUGUAACAGAAAUUGUAUGAAAUUAUCUGCAGUUCGGUGUUUGUCA